CUUUGCGCUAAAAACUAAAAACUUUAAAAACAAAAUAUUAUCAUGGAUCAUAUUGUAUAUCUGGAGGCUUAUAUCAAUAAAAAUGAUUACCAAAAGGGUGGUUGCUUAAAAUUGCCUUUGGAAUCUUUAAUAACUUACUGUGUCUACAAAUUUUGCUGUCCUAAGAAUAUCGCAUUAACAUUUGUGUAUGUGCCGCGUAAUCCAGAAAAAGAGGAGAUUACUGUUAAAUUGGACGAAGUAAAUUUUACUCAAGACGUUAUAUGGCAAGUGUCGUCUUGUGUUUAUCCAGUUUUAAUAAAUGGAGACACUGUUAUAACGGGCCUGUGUGCCGUGGCUCGGCACAUGAGCCUGCACCGGACUCUGCCACCGAGUUCUCACGAACACGAACAUGGCAUCCUCGGCUUCCGUAGAGGUUGCCUUCAAGCGCCUAAUGAAGUUUCAAUAUGGACAAAAUUUUGCGAAGUUGAUCUGGUGAAAACAACAAGAGAAAUACUCAAACUAAACUCUCUUCAGGAAGUCCCCGUUAAUUUGGUGAGGUUUGAAAACCAUUUACGUAAACCAAUAAGAGUUCACAACGUUUUUAAAUUAGCAAGAGAAAUUAAGAAGAAGGAAUUUUUCCAGUCACAACCAAAUGCACAAAACCAAGAAAAAGAGGAAAGUGAAAUGGCUAAGAAAGAAAGAGUAGCGAAAGCUAGAAAGUGGAAAUCAUCAGUGACCAAAGAGUUUACAAUUGACAGUUCUGUAAAAAUACAAGACUUGGAUAUCAGUCAUCAGUUUGCUGAAGGUCCAUUCUUGACCCUGGCUGACAUAGUCCUUGCACCACUCUACUACAUCAUUGUGAAUGCUGUUGGACAAAAAUUAGAAUCUCUCCUUCCAUUGACAAGCAAAUGGUUCCAAAACGUAAAGCAACUUCCAGAACUGGAAACUGUUUUCAAAAUUCUUAAUAGUCUAGAAAACAAAAAGUUAAUAAUUGAAGAAGUUAUCAUACCAGCUGCAGAAGAUGUUAGCUUAUAUAAGAGAGAUCCCAACAGAAAUAAUCCAAGAAAGAGAAUGUUUACCAAACCAGAGGAUGUAGAAAAUGCUCUAAGCUCCCUAGUAGCCUCAAUGCAUAUAGAUGUUGAUGAUAAAGACUUCAAAAAUAGAAUAGAUUGGGACACAGUACCUGAUGGGGCAAACCCUAGCGCUGGUCACUUGCCUGAUGAAAGAAUGACAAGGAAAGCACAACAGCUAGAAAAUCUUGCAUUAGCUGUUAAAAGUAUUGCUAAAGAAGGAGAUUUGAUAGUUGACUUCUGCAGUGGAAGUGGACAUCUAGGAAUCCUUAUUGCUCACUUGCUGCCUCAAUGUACCGUGAUAUUAUUAGAAAACAAGGAACAUUCACUGUUAAGAGCAAGGAAGCGGAUACAUGAUAUGGGAUUACAAAAUGUAUACUUCUUUCAGUGCAAUUUAGAUUUUUUCAUAGGAAAGUUUGAUAUAGGAGUUGGCUUACAUGCCUGUGGCAUUGCUAGUGACUUGAUAUUAGACAAAUGUUUAAAAUGUAAUGCAAACUUUGUUCUCUGUCCUUGUUGCUAUGGGUCUUUGCAUGCUACAGAUAGAUUAGUUUAUCCUAGAAGCAAAAUGUUCAGUAGUCUAAUUAUUGAUCAGUACUUGACUAUUGGGCAUGCAGCAGACCAGACCCACAAGGAGUGUCCUCUCACUGUAAGAGGAGACCGGUGCAUGGCCAUCAUUGACUCCGACCGUCUCAGAUUAGCUGAAGAAUAUGGCUACAAGGUCACACUGUCGAGACUCAAACCACUAUCUUGUACCCCUAAAAAUAAUUUACUUAUAGGUGUGUCAGCAUAAAAUAAAACUAAGUUAUCAAUAAUGAAUUUAUAUUGAAUUUCAUUUAUAUCUCUAAAAAUAAAAUCUUUACAAAUAUUUUUAUAUUUUUUGUACAAAAUAAUCUAUAACACAAAAAAUUCGUAAAAUAACAAUAACAACAUUUUAAAACGUUCUUGUCAACUAGUCCUGCUCAUAAUUCACUUACAUUACAUAGGGUAAAGUACUCAAUUAGUAGCAUUUAGAAUUUGC